AUGGAUCCAAACUUGCCUGGUGCGUUUCUCUAUAGGUUACUAAACAGACUGGAAGACUCGUCCCCAGAGUUUAAGCACCUAGCGGCAGUUUCAAGGCAAAAGGGCCUAUUUUCAAAGCUAAACCUGUGGAGUACAACAUUACAAAUUUUUAUGGAUGUUAUCAACAAAGAGGCGAACAAGAGACCACUAUCGGACGUGGAAGUGAAAAUGUGGCUGGAGUUGGCUGAUGAUGUGGAGGAGAUACUGGAUGAGAUUUCAAAACAAGCUUCACGCCUCAAAAUGAUCGAUCAAAGUCAGACUACCAUGGGCAAGAAAAGUUCAUUAAAGGGCCUCAUUCCUGCUUGUUUCACAAGUUCGAAUUCAUGUGCUGUUGCGUCUAUUGGAGAUCCCAUAUCGACUAGCCGAUUGGAAAAACUCAAUACCAAAAGAUAUGCAGUUCGACUAAGAGUGAUUUAUAGUGCUUUAGCUUGCUCUUUCUAUCCCAUAACUGUAACUAUGUAUGAGGUUUUGCUAGCCAAAACCAUUUACGGGCGAGACGAAGAUAAAGAGAAAAUACUAGAAAUGGUGUUAAGGGAUGAAGUGAGUGAUCAUGCCAACUUUAGUGUAAUACCCAUCAUUGGCAUAGCAGGAGUUGGAAAAACAACACUCACUCGACUUGUGUAUGAUGAUAAGGUAGUGGAAGACUUCAAACCAAGAGCCUGGGUUUCCCUCUACGAAGAUUCCAAUGUUUUCAAAAUCUCCAAGGCCAUUCUAGAGUCAAUCACUUUUAAAUCCUGCAAUCUAAAGGAUUUAGAUGAAGUGCUGGCUCAACUGGAAGAAGCAAUUUUUGGGAGGAAAUUCUUGUUUGUCUUAGAUGAUGUUUCGACAGAGAAUUAUGGUUUCUGGGAAACUCUAAAGUCUUCGUUGAUGGCUGGGGCACCGGGAAGCAAGAUAAUAGUGACAACCCACAGAGUCAAUUUUGAAUUCCCUGUAAAUCUCAGUAUUCAACCUUUUAUAUUAGAGGUAUUAUCAGAUGAAGCUUGCUGGUCCAUGCUCAAGAUGUAUGUAUCUGGUAAUGAGAAUUAUUCUGGUUCGAGAUUAAUCCGUGAAAAAGUUAUUGAUAUGUGUAGAGGCUUACCCUUGGCAGCGAGUAUUCUUCGUGGGCUUAUAAGGUCUAUGCAGGGUGAUGAAAGGGAAUGUGGGGUAUUAGAGGUUUCGUUCCCAAGCCUCUCACCGUAUUGCGACGCAGAGGUAGACGGAUGUAAGAUGCAUUGCGGAGAAGAAUUUGACUUCACAGGCUGCUUUAAACGAAUGCGGUCCGAUGAUGUGUUGGGGGUCAAUGAGCAACGGGAAGAAUUCAAGAAGACUUCUCAUUUUGAUACUUUCGCUCGGUCUGAUGAGAAAAAUAUCUUUACGUUAUUCUAUUAUGUUGACAACUUGCGAACAUUUGUUCCUGGACUCAUAAGUAAUAAUGAUGACCAUCACAUUACUGAUGGGCUUCUUUCUGAUUUGCUACCAAAGUUCAAAAGACUGAGGGCGUUAUCUUUGGCAAAGCACAAUAUUACGAAGCUACCCAGUUCAGUUGAAGGUUUGAGAUAUCUAAGAUAUGUCAACCUCUCCAGCACUGGAUUGCUCUCAUCUCGUAGAGUUGCCUUCCAAUUUGAGGAAAUUGAUCAAUUUAUGGAUCUUGAUAUUUCCGGUGUCAAUUUACUCAGAGAAAUGCCAUUGGGAAUGAAAGAGUUGACAUGUCUUAGAACGUUACUGAAUUUUAUUGUGGACAAAGGUGUAGGAUCUGAUUUAAAAGAUUUGGAGGACUUAAAAUUUCUUGGUGAGCUUUACGUUUCAAGAUUACAGAAUGUAACUGGUUCACAAGAUACAAAGGACUCUGUAUUAAAAGAUAAGAAGGAUCUAAAAGUAUUGGUACUAGAGUGGGACUCUCAGUUGGAUGACACAAGAGAUGAGUUAGUGGAAGAAAAUAUGCAAAGUCUUGCCUUCACUUGGAUGCUUGGGCUUGCUGAACACCUCGCUAUUAAGGGAAUGACAAGAAUAAAAAGGAUAGGUUCUGAGCUUUUCGGAAAAGAUUGUUCAAGUCCUUUUAAAUCAUUGAAGACUCUUUGCUUUGAAGAUUUGAAAGAGUGGGAGAAUUGGGAUCCUGUUGAAGAAAAUGAGCAUGUUGAAAUAUUCCCUUGCUUGCGAAUGUGGGGUAUUAGAGGUUUCGUUCCCAAGCCUCUCACCGUAUUGCGACGCAGAGGUAGACGGAUGUAA